UCGGAGGAGUCAGAGGGUCUGAGGAGUCGUUGCCCCCCAAAGAGACCAAAAGCACCAAAUGCAACACCCAUGAACCCAGAUAGCAGCUCCCCUUACAGCUGUCUGCCCCGCACAUAAAAUUAGACCCCCAGACAGUCGUACUGUACUGUAGGCUCCAGAGGAGGAGAUGGACCCAAGUUAUACUUCCAGUCUUUACUUUGGAAGCUGUACGAGCUGCAGUAAAGCGGUGUACGGUGAAGGCAGAGCCUGCCAGGCCAUGGGACGUUUAUUCCACGACACCUGUUUCACCUGCAGCGUUUGCAGUGAAAAGCUCAGCGGGAAGCCGUUUUAUACAAUGUCAGGAAGAAUCUACUGUGAGGAUGAUUUUUUGUACUCAGGAGCUCAUCCAUCUGCAGAAGUGUGUAACAGCUGUGGAUAUUUAAUCAUGGACAUGGUUUUGCAGGCCCGUGGGAAGUCCUACCACCCGUCCUGCUUCCGCUGUGUGGUGUGCAGACGGAGCCUGGAGGGUCAGCCCUUCACUGUAGGAGCAGACAGCAGGGUCUACUGUGUCAGCGACUACCACAAGGUCCAGGCUCCUCUGUGUGCUGCAUGCAGAGUGCCGAUACUGCCGACCGAGGGGUCUACGGAGUCUAUUCGAGUGGUAUCAUUAGACAGAAAUUACCACGUAGAGUGCUACAGUGGUGAGGUCAACCUCAUUUGAAGAGCUGGUUGGCUGAUGUCUGUGUUUUUUUUCCUGAUGGUCUUGUUUUGUAAAUGUUAAAACGAAGAUAAAUGUUUAAGUUGAUGAAUCUGUAGCAUUUUGAACAAUUUCCUGUCUGCAAUAAAGUCACUCCAAGUCUUGA